AUGCUCGUCCUGAACAUUAUCACCAUCUCGCUGUACCGCACACGUUUACCUCCGCGCAAAACUGGACCGCUCGUAGACUGGGAAUCUUUUAAGGAUGCGCCGUACUCGCUCUACUGCGCCGGCAUGUUCUUCGCUUUCUGGGGCCUUUAUUUUGCAUUCUUCUACAUCGGAUCUUAUGCACGCAACGUUUUGGGCGCCAGCUACCAGCAGUCCAUCAACUUGUUGCUUGUGCAGGUAUGCAUGGGCUUCCUUUUCCGAUUGCUGCCGACAUACUACGCAGACAAGGUCGGAAGUCUCAACGUGCUCAUCCCCUUCGCAUUCGUUUGCGGAAUCAUGAUGUUUGCUUGGACUGGCAUACACACCGUAGGGACUUUGUAUGUGUUUGCGGUCAUUUACGGAUCUGGCAGUGCUGUGAUUCAAGCUCUAUGGCCAGCAAUCAUUGGUUCGAUGAACCGUACGCCGGAUUUGAAAAAGACUGGUGUGCGUAUGGGGAUGGCAUUCACUAUCGUCAGUUUCUCCAGUUUUACUGGGCCACCUCUUGCUGGUGCUUUGAUUCAAAUCAACCAUGGAAGCUACACUUACGCAAAUAUCUGGGCAGGCUCUUCGUUCUUCGUCGGAGGAGCAUUGCUCGUAGCAACCAGGGUGUCACUUGUGGGAUGGAACUGGAGAGCGCGCAUAUAG